UUUUUUCCCUUCACCUGAAAUUUGCUCGCUUGGAGAGUGGAGCGUGUUGAGAGAGAGCUUUAUAAAACAUCACAUUUUCAGGUCUCGCAGCUCUCGUUUGAAGAAUUUGCCCGAAUACUUGCAAUCAUGGGAAAGGACACCAAGGAAAGCAAAGAAAUCGAGAAAAUUCAGGUAGAAAUUCAUGUCCGCUCUGUACCGGACGGUGGAUGGGGUUGGCUAGUUUGUCUUGCCGGUUUCAUCGCUCAAUUCGUUGUGCUCGGGAUACAGAACAAUACAGGCAUUAUCUACAAGGCGCUGUUGGAGGAAUUCAAGCAAAGCAAAGGAGAAACAAGCUGGGUUGUUUCAAUCGGCCUCGGGAUGAUGUUUCUCUUUGCGCCAGUGACGUCAGCAUUGUGUGAACGCGUUGGUUGUCGGGUAGUGGCGUUUUGUGGCGGUUUGCUUGGAGUUCUGGGAUUUGUGUUGUCUUCAUUCGUCAAAGACGUUCAUCGCCUUUACAUCACGUUUGGCGUCCUGUGGGGGGUAGGGGCGAGCAUGAGUUACUUGCCAACCCUUCGGUCGCUUCCAUAUUGGUUUGAAAGGCGAAUCGGUCUUGCAAACGGUAUCGUAACGGCUGGGAGUGGCGUGGGCACGAUAGCAAUGGGUCCCCUCAUGCAGCUUGCAGUCAACUAUCUGGGAUGGGCCCACGCAGCGAGGGUGCUUGGAGGCAUAUUGAGUUUGUGCACCAUUGGGUCCCUGCUGUAUAAAGUGCCCAGUCAAACUGGUAAAGAGGUGGAGAAAGUGGAAGAACCCAUACGUAAGAAGCCGCCAAUGUUUGACUUCACUAUUUUCAAGAACAAAGCUUUCUUGAUAUACUGUCUUUCUUUGAGCGCUUUUAUGAUGGGGUAUUUCGUCCCUUUUGUACAUUUGCCUGCUUACGCCGAAGAGUGCGGCAUACCAAACUCGCAGUCUUCCACGCUGAUUGGUAUGAUGUCCGUAGGCUCGACUUUCGGUCGGCUUUUCUUCGGCAAACUCGGUGACCACCCGAGAGUGAACCGACUCUAUUGCUUCCAGAUAGCGAUGUUGGCCAUCGGCGUGGCGGACACUUUGAGCACGUUGACGAAGAGUUACGCCGGUCUCGUUGUGUACAUGGUUGUUUUCGGUGUGUUUGAUGGUUGUUUCGUGGUACUCUUGGCAGUCUUGUGCGCGGAUAUCGUUGGUGUGGACAAGGUUGCCGCGGGUAUCGGUGUUCAGUUCUUCUUCAUGGCCAUCACGUCUAUCGCUGGACCACCUCUCGCAGGUGUAAUCUACGACCUUUCCAGUUCUUACCAAAUUGCCUUCUAUGUCGCUGGAGCAUGCUCAACCCUUGCAACGUGUCUGCUAUUUCUCGUACCAGUCCUCAUGCCUAAAGACACCUACAACUGCGGGCGUGGCCGUGCGGAGACUGUGCAGUUUGAAGGCAGCGAUGAAAAGUCACCGCUGGAUGGCAUUCGUUCACCCGAUUCUUCCGUACCCACAACGUCUACUAAAGCCAGUCUAGGCUCGUGUCAAAAACUCAAUAGCAACAUGCACCUUGCCCCCAGUCGAUCGUACCUGGAUCGGUACUGGGACUUGCCGAAAAGGGCAAGCAUGCGAGCUAGCAUGGCGAGCUUGUUGUCGUUUUCGCCCUUGCAGCCGACGAGAGAAGUUCUUGUUGUUGUGGAGAAAGUGUCGCAGGUAUGAUCGAUUGAGAGACGAAAUACCACUCGACUUGUAACAGCAUCACAGACAAUUACCUCUCGCCAAUUCAUUUCAAUCCUCAAAAAGCAGUUUUUAUGGCCUGCGUACUGCAUCCUGCUCAAAGAGCUCAACGAGUUCUUGGUUCAAUACAUAUUAACGCAUUAUUAUAGACACCCGUAUGGCGCAAGCAUAUUUUUGGGUCACGGCAGUCAAGUCACGCAACGUCACGGUCGCUUCCUUUUACAAGCGUUACUGAGAGAGUGCCGAACUCGAUUUCAAAAGAGACAAUGAAACAUUGCUAUUUUAUGGAAUCGCCUCAGUGCAAUCUAUUUACAUAUUGCUGAUUGUCGUAAAUAAGCACUGAGGUUAACCAUUGAACAAAAAAAAGCAUCAAAAGACAACCAAAUAACAAAAUAAUUCACUGGUUAAUAUUAUUGAUUAAUGGUGUUUUUGAUGUUCUGCGUUGAUAAAUGAAAAGAAACUGCCACGUUACUAUAAGUAGUCUGUUCCAGGAAGAUUAGAUUUAAAGGAAACUUGCGGGAAGCAGAAUUAUCAGUUCACCUUUAUGCGGUUUCUGAGAUCCAAGUUAUCAGUUAAAAACAACGCGUAAUCUCUCAGCUAGCAGUUAAAAUGGCCAGUUCUUAGCCAUCAAUUUGAAUCUCUUUCAGACCGUUAAACAUCUGUUGAACCUUCACAUGUCGACCUUAGUCGGAUCACGUGCGUUUGUUUCCCAUAUUAUUUUGCGUUCCUGGAAUAGGCUACUUAUAACUUACUAAUCAUCCGCUUAACUAUGUCCAGUUCCUCGUUAUUUCAAUCUCGGUCUCAGCCAAUUUAUUUAGACAGCUACCACUUCCCAGCAACUGCGACCAACAACUGUUACUAUCACCGUUGAACUCUAGAAUAUCUGAAUGUGAUAAACCCAUCAAACAGUUCAUGUUGAACCUUCUUCCUGUAGACUUCUCAAGAUAGACUUGUUGCUAAUUUUAAUAAGCUCUUUAUAACCCCCCCCCCCCGAAGAAGACGUACACUCGUUCUGUAUUUCUUAGUAUGAUUGAAGACAUAAGUGAGUUACACCUUUCUUCGUGUUGCAAUCGGAAAUGUUCGUCUGUUUUCCGAGAGCGUGUUGGUUAUCUUCGGAUUUUCACUCAUAACGAAUCUAACCUGACGAGCUCUGUAAACGCUGCAAACAUACCCGACCAAAAGACUUUUUUUCAAAUAUUACAUUUGAUAGAGAAUAAUAACAUUUAACAAUAAUAAUAAUAUUUGUCAUAUGUAGCCUUAUUUAUUAGUGAACAAAAAUAUUUAACCCAUUUUUGUCACCAGACCGAGUUGAGAAAAAAACAAAAACCAAGAAAAACAAACGAAAAAUUGUUAAACAAUCAAUUAAAAAAAAAUAAGAAAACAAGAAAACUAAAGAAGUUAAAUAGACUAUACCUUGCGUUUGAUGAGGUGAUAUCAAAGAGAGCAAUUUGUUGUUUUAAUUUAUACAGAGAAGUUUAUAUCAUGUUCGCGUCUAAAUGGGGUCCCUUGUAGGUUAAUAGAUGUUUUAGUAUUUUUUUAGAAGCGAGAUUUAAGAUUUACUAUCUGGAGAUUACGUUACUGUUGUCGGAGGUUUUGUUAGGGAAUACAUCGUCUCAGAUUUUGUUUAUGACGGUUUUAGAGCGGAGUUAGUGUGCCACCUUACAAGUUGUCCCAUUUAGUCGCGAAGGUUGUGUAGCGUAGUUUUCGAUACUGUUUCGAUACGCGGUGAUUUUGUAGAAGGGGUUUUUAUAGAGUUUUUGAAUUUUAUGAAUAAAGAUGAUUAUAAUUUUAAA